AUGUACUCAGGGCCAGCCACAACAAAGCUCGACCUUUCAGAAAACUACCCGACCAUCAGGGUUUUUGCCGACCUCUCUGCUACAACGUUCCGCAGGCGGAAGGAAUUCUCCCAGGUUGUUGAUACUCUGCACGCCAUCCGAUUCCGCUGGGGGUUCCCAACAAUAAUGCUGGUCACCAGAGAAGGCAGCAUAGCAGUGAUCACAUCGCCGGAAGACGGUCUUCGCAAGCUACAGACCUGGGGCAUACAUUUUCCAUAA